AUGGUGUGCAUUAGGAAGAAGAAUCCAAAAAUUCACACACAAGAACACAAGCUAUGCUCAAAUGACACAUUUCGAGAAUCAACCAAACUCCAAACCCAUGCGCCGCGCUCUAUCUCUAGAUCCGGUUUCAAGACUUUUAAAAAAGAAAGCGAGAAUACUGAAGAUGGUGAAUUUGCAUUUGCUAUUACUUUAUGGAAAGAAGAAUUGCUUAAUCAUGAUAACUGCACAUGGUUAUCAAUAGGUGAUGCAUCAUAUCCAUCAUCAUGUUCCAAAGAUAAUGGUUUAUCAAGUUGCAUGGAUCUUAAAAUAGAUGCAUGGUUCAUUUCCUUAUUAUCAACAGACUCACCAAUACAUGAUACAUUUUUAGAUACUAAAACCACAUUCUUCGACGGGUCGCGUGUGAAUCCAAUGGAAGAAGCGUCUUUAAUUCUUGAUCAAAGAAAAGUAUUGGAUGAAUACAUUGUUUUUCAAGAGCAUUUAGAGGAGGAAGAAGUUGUUUCAUCACUUUCAUGGCUGGAGAAUGAGUCAUCUAAUGGUCAAACUUUAGAUAAAAAGUCAAAGUCAAAGUCAAAACGGGCCUAUUUUGAUAGCGGCGACGAUGAGCACUCAUUGUUUUCUUCUUCUUUUAGCUCUGAUUACUCAUCAGAAAUCAUGGAUUUGGAAGACAUUGGUGUCGAUGAGCCGCUUUUCUGGCCGUUUAAUUCGGCAUCUGAUUGGGGUUCAGAAUAUAAGCAGGAUUUCCUCAUUAUGUCCCCUUGUAAGAAAGAUGGUAAUUCGCCAAAAGGCAAGAACAUGGUAGCGGAAGAAGUUGACCGUUUGACCGAAAAAUAUGAGAGAAAGCAUAAAAUAGUAUUGGAAGAUCUUUUGUUGGUUGAUAAGUUAAAUGUAGAUGGUGUGAUCAUUGAACAAGUAUUGGGGCUUGGUGAGUUUGAUGGACAUGAGGGUGUUGAAUAUGAGUUCAACAUAGAUCACUUCUCUAUUGUCUAGAUUUCAUCACUUGUUUUUAUAGAUCAAUACAUUUGUUGUUUGUAUAUUUUUCUGAAAGU